UAAGGCUCUGGCCACAGGCCGCCACACCAUGCUGCUGCUUGCCUUUCGCAGCUUCUUCUUCAUCGCCGUCAUCCUCGGCUACAGUACUGGCAUCUGGCGACUGAUUAACGACUACUUCCGGCGCGAGUUCCAGUCCUACCUGGAGGUGGAGGCGCAGACGAACCAGUACCUGUUGCGGGACCCGCCAAAAGCGGUGCUGGCGCCGGAUGCGCCCGAUAAGCAGCUUCCAGUUGGGGGCCGGCAACUGGUGCCGUCGCCGCCGCCAACACCACCACCACUGGACGGCAACCAUCAACAGGUGACAGAUUCGAUUAUGGCACUUUUCGAACCCAUCACCCUCGACGCGGACGCGAACGUCGAUCGGAAAGUUAGUAGUAACCGGCAGGAAGGUACCGUUGGCGGUGAUAAAGGGCCACCGGAAGCUGCGACGCAGCGGGUAGGGCAGGACGGGACGCUGCCAGUAACGACGGCCGUUGUCGCCGCAGCAGAAGCCACCGAUAUCCGGUCCCGGAACGGGAAGCAACCUUUGGCCGAAGAAGACGACGACAGAACAGGGCGGAAAGGGACGAUGGAACAGGAAAAGCAGGAGCAGGAGAAGGAAGAGGCGGAGGAGCAGGAUAAAUGGAUUUCGUACUGGAGCGAGCGGGGACGGCGAGCAGGCGUACCGGUGGAUGAUAAUGCGAACGCUUACUGUACGGUGCCGAGCCGGCCCGACUCCUACGCGGAAACGUUGGCUGGUGCCGUGACCAGGAUGCGGGAACGAACAGUAGGCGGCGACGCGCUCGGAUGCGAUUAAACCGCAAACGCACCGAGUGCGUUGGCUAGCCGUAAUCAAAUUAAACGUGCCUAACGUGACAUUUAGUUUGUUUGUCUUUUUUGUAAGGAAACGGGAAAGAAGAAGCCAAAGUGAAAACAAGCAUAGCGGAAUAAAAAUAAACUAAAACAGACUAGAA